AUACAGUUCCUGAUGUCACAAUCGUGCGAGGAUCCGGAGGCGCGCGUGUGGCGCGACCUUCUACAAGGUGAUGACGUCACGGUCGUGACGGCUGUUGUGCGGGAGCUGGCCGACUGUCUGACAGCAGCCUUACAGGCGAUACAUGAAGACGAAAUUGAGGAGCUGCCCCCAAAGCUGUCUUCCCUGUUACGCCUAGCAUCUCUAGUUCCGCCCGCACAUGCGUUACCGCUGCGAGCGUGCGGCCCGCAGCUGCGGGGGCUCGUCCACCACGCCGCUACGCUAAACGCCGCUAAAACAUUACUUGCGGGGGCCAGUGACUUGUACAAGUCGAUACGACUGCACAGAUGCCGGGACGAAGCCACGCUGCACGCGGCGUGUCUCGCGCUGGUACAGGCUCCUGAUGAUGCUGAUGCAGAUGCUGGUGAAAUGAUGACCGCGCUGCAAAUAAUAUUUUCUAGCGAUGUUGAACCGAAGAUACACGUCGAGGGUUUAAAUAAAUUCGACUAUUUACUCACUAAGGGGAAAAGUUCGGACGCAGACAUUCGUGAUGCACUACGCUCUGUAGAGAAACUGAGAGCGCGCGGCGACCGAGCGGACCGAGAUGUCCGCAUACUUCACAGAGAAAUCACUAUUUUCUUAGGCAACCACGGGAACGUGGAUAUGAACAAUAACAGAGAUGCUUGGGACGACGCCGUCGUGGUUGACUUGAAGAAAUCACUCGCGCUGACGUUACCCCACCAGGGGAGCUCGUAUAAGGUGGACCUGAAAACGAUGUUGCUGCUGGCGCUACAGCAAGAAGACCCGCGCGCGCUGCUGACGCUACUGGCCAUGUUGUGUGCCAACCUGUCAUCCAAUAAGGACGCAAACACACAGCGAGCGGUGAUACGCGUGGCGCGUUCGUUGGCGAGCGCGCACGCCGCGGGCGGCGGCGAGUAUGCGGCGCACAUACAACACGCCGUGCGUGCGUGCGACACAACCGGUGUGGAUCUACUGCAGCAAAUAGAAGUAAAGUAA